CUCCCCAGCUGGCCUUGACUAGCCUACGCCACAGAACCCCGGUGCUCCGCAAAACGUCUGCCUCCACCCCCCAGGUCUUUACAUGGAGGUGGCUUUUAACCCUUUCUCAUCCUCCUAACUGCGCCCCCAUCGUGACAUACUUCAUUGUGAAGGUGAUGAUGCUUAUAUGGACAUCAGAGAUCUCUUAGUUCGCCACGAGAAGCUCGUUCACUUGAAUGAAGGCUCCAACAAAGAUGGCACCCGGCCGAGGAAACCAUCUACGGCUGGUGCCGCUACCCAGCCACCACUACCGGGGCAAAACCACAUCGAUUCGGAGAUGAUGGGUAUGCCGCGGGCCCAUCAGCCGCAUUAUCAUUCGGAUUCCAUAACAUCGUCAAUGGCCGUGCCCACUCUUCAACCCGAUCCGCGCAUUUCAACAAGAGCUACCGCAUGUAAUCUAGACCUCUUGUCCGAUGCGGCUACUCAGAUCGCUUCGGCUAACGAGGUGAACUCCUUGCAACCUAUCAUGCCAGACCUGCCCCAACCAUCGAAUUCCAUGCCACGUAUCAAGCCUUAUGAUGAUGGAAUAGCCUAUGGAGAUCGUGGGCGGGAGCCAGACCCUGGACCUAUGUCAAUGGGUCUCCCCGUUCAGACCGGGCCCUCCUCUGCCUUUGACGAUUACAACUUGUUCAUGGAUGAGUUUGCAACAUCCUCACAUUUCCUCCCUCAAGCCUUCGAAGCUGAUCAGGGUGUUGGGCUGUGGCCGCGGGGUGCAUUGUCCAAGCCAUCUUCACAAUUCCCGUCAAGAUUCCCAUCACUCGCACCCGAUCCUCGUGACCCAACCGAUGGUGCCAAUAGAAUGCACGAUGAGCCCAGCAAGACUGCCCCAAUGAGGGUGUCUCCUAUGGAUCACACAGUGAUCAAGAAUAGAUUGGACGAGUUUUCUGCCGUUCUCCCUAGUGAUUUCGUAUUUCCCUCGCGGCAUACCCUAACCCGAUUUCUCGAAGGUUAUGUCACCGGGUUCCAUGAGCAUCUUCCUAUCCUACACCUUCCAACAAUCGCCCUUGCAGACAUCGCACCAGAGUUAUUGCUAGCUAUUCUAGCAGUUGGAGCUCAAUACAGAUUCGAAAGUCACAGGUCGAAUGCGCUGUGGUACGCAGCGAGAACUGUAGCACUUGAGCAGAUCCGUCGCCGGCAUAGCCACGAGAUUCACAGCUUGCUACCGACCGCCGCAGCCUACAGCCCGCAUUCCACAAGACCUUCGCCAAGCCAUGGUUUCAGGCAUUCCUUUAGUUCUAUGCAGCAGGAACGGCCAAUGACUCAAGACACUCAUCGAGAGCCCUAUUCUCCAAAUACUCCUCAAGCUCGCAUGGAAACGAUCCAGGCCCUUCUCUUACUCUUCGCUGUCGGUCUAUGGGGUGCAAAGGCCAUUCUUCACGAGGCCAUGUCCUUGCAGAGUCUCCUUGCUCUGUUGGUAAGAGAAGAGGGGUUUCUGUCCGAAUCGACCCAGACGGCUGAUUGGGAAUCCUGGAUUCGCAUAGAAGGCGGGAAUCGCACCAAGCUCAUUACCUACUGCUUCUUCAAUUUAUGCAGCAUUGCCUACAACAUGCCUCCUCUGUUACUCACUUCGGAGCUCAAUUUGUAUUUGCCCCAUUCAUCGAAAUUAUGGAGGGCUGAAACAGCAUGGCAGUGGCAAGAAGCCCGCCAUUCGUUUCCAAGCAUGGAUAUAUCCCUCCAGGAUGCGUUCGCUCGGCUGUUCAGCCGCCCUCCGCAAGGACCACCCGCUUAUAUGUCCUCCCUCGGCAACUACAUUCUUAUUCAUGCCUUACUGCAACAUAUAUUUCUACUCAAGCAGACCUCGUUCACCUCUGUGUCUUCUUUUGAGGCACCUAGAGGGUUACGACCUGACGAUGUCGAGGAGUGUUUGCAAGCCUUGCGAAUUUGGCAAAUGAGUUUUGAGCAGCAUCAAACACGGGUUGCGGAAGUUAAUCCGCAAGGUGCAUCGGACUCUUUCCCGGGCGGGCCUGUUGCUUACAAUUCGACGGCACUGUGGAGAUUGGCUUCAAUCCGGUUGUACACCGAUCUGAGUCCUAGUAGGACUCUCGAGACUCGAGAUUCUGGUCAGAUAGCUCAGGCUUUCCACGACGCCCCAUACCUGGUCCGGAGCGCACGCUCGAAUAGGGCUGUUCUUCAAGCAAUUCAUGCGCUAUCUAUGCUAGUCAAGCUAGGCGUGAACUAUGUGGCUAGAAGAAAGUCGUCUGAAUGGAGCAUGCAGCAUUCCCUGUGUAAUCUUGAGUGUGCCAUUCUUCUCUCGAAAUGGCUGCUGACCUUGGCAUCCAUUUGCCCUACUGAUGCUCCUCCGUCCCCCGAAGAAAGGGGACUGCUGGAGAUGUUGCGUCACAUGCUGGAUGAGACUGAAUUUGCAGUACCAAUCGACCCGUCCCUCUCAGGAGGAGGGCCGGGCCACCCAUCUUCAAACAUGGAUAUGACGAUAAACGACAGUAACAAGUUACGGCAGCUGGCCGCUGCUGUGAUUCGACUCUGGGCCGAAACGUUCAAAGGAUCACAUAUUUUUGAUAUCGUUAAAGUCAUUGGUAUUGGACUGGAGGGGUACGCUGACCUUCUAGAGAAGCCACGUGACAGGACGCCACUCGGCAGGAUGGGAACUAAUUCUCGACUUGGUUGAUGUCGAGGUGCAGUGGCAGGUUUCGUUGAAACUGGGUGCAAAUGGGUUGAUCUAUUAGCGAGGUGUUGUGGCCGUUGUUCAUUGUCCUAUUCAAGGUUGCUGAUUGUUCAUGUAAUGAUCUCGUCAUGGAGAAAUGAAGCAUGAUACCAAAUUUGUCCUUCAUAUUAUCAUCGUCCAUUAUAACCGCCUGCCCGAGUACUACAUUUUUAUAUAACAACUGCACUCUACAUGUGUACAAGUCAAGGUCCUGUUUUUAGCCAGUGAUUGGGUUGUACUGCCUUAGAUAGACAGGUCUGUUUUGAGAUUAGCAUUGUACCACGACUUCUCAUCAACAUUUAACUGGCACGACAGAAGUUCUGCAUAUUACAAGC